AUGAAUGACUUGGCUUUUGAUCUCUCGGCGUACCUGCAGUGGCUACAUCAUCGUGCCGUCACAGCGAACGACCAAGGUCAGCAUACCCCUGCACCGGAAUGCGCUCCUAACUUCUGUCGCCUGGAAAAUCUCAUCUUAGCAAGUCGCCGUCGUCGUUGGCCCGUCAUGGCAUUUGGCUGGUCAGAAAUCCGCUCUCUCCUCCUCGUCUUCGGUCCGAUCCUCCUCCCCAAGGCAAUCGCAGCCUACAAAUCCAUCCGCAAUGCCUCCCAACACAGCGGCGAACCGAUCCCCCCUCCGCCCCGCAUAGCCCGCGCCCUCGCCAUCCUCGCCAUCAUCGUCGUCGUCUACCUCGUCAAGACCCUCCCGCCCCUGGCCCCGGAGAACCUCUUUACCCUCACCCAGUCCCGCCUCCAGAUCCCCGUCGAUGUCCUCUUCAACCGCCUGUCCUCCCUCCGCCCGGAAUCCGCCCUCACCGCCGCCGACGAGCGCCUCCGCGCCCGCUUUGUCAACCUCGAGUCCCGCCUCCUCUACCUCCAGCUCGGCCCCGCCGCCCUCGCAGACUGCCCCUUUUGCAAGUCCGAGGACCCCAAAUCCUACUUUUACUACGCGCUUCCCGCCAUCAUCCUCCCCCACCUCGUCAAUCUCAUCGCCCUCGCCGCCGUCACCUCCUCCACCUUCACCGGCCGCGAUGGCGCCCGCUGGCGCUCCCACGCGACAAUGGCCGCCGCCGCCCUCGCCGCAGCGGACGCAGUCCUCGUAGGCCAGUAUGACUACUCCGCCAACGCCUCCGCCCUCCGCCUCCAAGACAUGGACUUCUUCUACUGGCACGCCCGCGCGCUGCGCUACAUCGCCCUCGCGGCCCUGGACGUCAGCAUCGGCGCCCUCUUAUUCCUCUCGGGUACCCGCCGCGCUUUCGUCCUGCCGCCCUCGGAAGCCGAGCGCAUCGAGGCGAGCAACCGCGCCCUGACGACGGUCAAGAGCAAGCUCAGCGCGCUGGGCAUCGUCAAGAACACGACGUUGCGCGACGAGGAGCUACGGGCGCGGAGUCAGGCGUACUGGCUGCGCGAGGGCCAGAUGGUGCGCGAGGCCAUGGAGGAGAGGGAGGUUGUCGAGAGCGUCAACGACGCGCUGGAGAAUAGGAUUAAUAUACAGCAGGUCACGAGCGAUGCUGAGAACUAUACCGAGGGUGUGUUUAGACAGCCGGAAGGGACUGCGCAAUGA